CAAUUUCUCUCCCCGCCUACUACUACGCGCCUAGAGCCCUACCCAAACCCCAAGCGGCCAAGCCCACCCUGCGGCGGAACAAAAUACGAACCCCGGGACCCCACCAUCUCGCCGUGCGGCCUCCCGAGUUCUAACCCCUAGCCUGACCGGUCCGGAUCCCCAUCGCUGCGUCCAAUGGGGAAGCGGCCGCCGCUGGUCGUCCUCUCUUCUUCCGACGAUGAUGACGGCGGGGGUCGCUGUACGGGUAGCCGCGCCCCUUCGGCCCGCAGGACAAGGACUCCUGCGCCGCCGCCGCCGGCGGCUAAGCAAGCACCCAGCAGCUCGAGGAAGAAGCUGCGCCGCGGGAGCAGCGGUGGAAGGGGGCGCCGUGGUGCUUCGGACCCCGCGCCGUCCGGCUCCCUGAAGGCUGAAUUUGAUAUGCUCUCUGAAGAUUUCACUGAAUGUCUGAAUGACUUGGGCACGUCAGGGUCUAUGCAUCAAACGAAAGAGCUAUGGGUUGACAAGUACAGACCACACUCACUGGCAGAGCUUGCUGUUCACAAAAAGAAGGUUGAAGAUGUAAAGAAAUGGUUGGAAGAAAAGCUGAUGGCACCGAAGGGAACACAUGGAGGAUGGAGUCUUGUCCUUACUGGCCAAGCUGGUGUUGGAAAAUCUGCAACUGUCAAAGCGAUCGCCGCUGAGAUAGGAGCCGACAUGUGUGAGUGGACAACCCCGGUACCAACGCUAUGGGCUGAGCACAUGCAUGCUAGUUCUGGACUUCAGUAUGUAUCCAAGUUGGAGGAAUUUGAGAACUUUGUUGAGAAGAUAAGGAAAUUUUCGUUACUUUUUCCGACAACCAUCGGAUCCCAAAGAAAGCUCAUUAUUGCUCUGAUUGAUGACAUCCCUGUAACAAGUGGAAAUGCUUCUUUAGCAAGAUUGGGUAAAUGUUUAACAAGCCUAAUUCAAAGUACUCAAAUACCAACUGUCAUUUCACUUACUCACUAUCACAAAAGUGAGGCUAAUGAUACUGCAAUGUGGAACUCUGAGGAACUUGAGUCCUUACUUCAACGUGCCGGUGCUCACAAGAUUGUCUUCAAUCCGGUAACCAUAAGUUCUAUCAAGAAAAUUCUUUUUAGAAUUUGCAAACAAGAAAGUUCUAGCACAACUGAAGAGUUAGUGCAUGAAAUUGCUACAUCUUGUGGAGGUGAUAUCAGACAUGCGAUAAUGUCUCUUCAAUACUAUUGUCUUAAUCCAAGAAGGCUAAAUUCUGCACUGGCAACAAGUGCUACUCUGUUGGAAUCAACGGGUUUUGGUGCUCUGGCUCAAGGGCAGGACUGUUACAGUCGCAGCUCGUCAAUGCCCUCUCCAUGUGGAAGAGAUGAGACCCUUACAUUAUUCCAUGCAUUAGGGAAGUUUUUGCACAAUAAAAGGGAAUCACAUGGUGAUGUCAAUAUCGAUCUGGACUCGUUUCCUCUCAAAGAAAAGCUAAGAAGAAAUCCACUAAAAAUGGACGUUCCAGAGAUGAUUCUUUCUCAAGCACACGGAAAAGUACGGACUGUUGCUGACUUUCUACAUGAAAACGCUCUUGAUUUCAUUGAUGAUGAUGCUGUUGAUGAUGCAUGGGUUGUUAUGUCAUAUUUGAGUGAAGCAGACUGCCUUCUUGCUGGUAGUCCAAUCACAUCAGCUCGUUGGACUGUAAAUGAAUCAAACGAGUCAGGAAGCAUGUCACAACUUAUUGCUGCAUCUGUUGCAGCACGAGGUGUACUUUUUGGGAAUGCACAUGCAUCACUCUCAAGAUGGCAUACAAUCCGCAGCCCGAAGGUUUGGCAAAUUGAGCGUACAUUUCGAUCCACAAAGGAUCAGAUUCUUAAUGAAAGAUUUGAUUGUUCAAGUACGCCUGGCUCUCGCAACUUCUCCGAGAUAGUCAAUGAUUUUAGGCCUUUUGAGAGGUGGAUCUGCCCUCGCAGUUAUAUGCCUAGAAACGUUUCCGUGCACCACGAUGUGGAUGGAAAUAACUCCGAAGAAGAUGUGAUAGAAGAUUGCUAAAACCAUGCAUCCGUAGGCUGGAUGACAUUGCUUGCUGAGAUGGCAACAAAUGGUUAGUGGAUGCUGCGCUGCUGUGCGUUACUGCGUUUUUGUGAAGGUUUGCAGUCAGGUUCUUAAUGCUGUGGUCAAAGAGGCAGCUUCAAACUAUACUGACGGCCGCAGAUCUUCAAACAACAAUUUUGAACCAAUUGCUACGCGUCUUCGGCCGUGCUGCCUCAUCUAUCAUUCUGUUCAUAUAACAUACAUCUAAUCUAGUUAUUCACUUAUCUGUAGAGAUCCCUUGGGCUUUACUAACAUGUAAAGACCUGGGUGGCUGGGUCACGUGCUUAGCCAUCUUUGUUACUGAAGGUGUCUUGUUGCCUACUCCUAACUUUUUUUA